AUGGGCACACAGCCCAACCAGAAGUAUCGCAUCGGCGUUGAUGUCGGAGGAACAAAUACGGAUGCCGUGCUCAUAUCCUUCGACCCCAUUUCGGUCAUUGCAUCGCACAAAGCACCAACAACAUCCGACGUCACAACCGGUAUCACCAAUGCUGUCCGAAAAGUACUGGGUGCAUCCAAUGCUCCCCUCUCAUCCAUUGAGUGCGUGAUCAUAGGAACUACUCAUUUCGUCAACGCUGUAGUCCAGCGUGCACCGUCACUACGCCGCGUCGCCGUGAUCAGAUUAUGCGGCGGUGCAGAAGAAGGCUUUGGACGUGGAAUUCCUCCAUUUAUCGACUUCCCAACAGACCUACGCGCUUGCAUCGAAUCCAAACAGGUUUAUUUCUGUAAUGGCGGAUAUCAGAUCUCAGGAACAGAGAUUAGUCCUCUAGAUGUUGAGGAAAUCGAGCGUAUAGCCACCGAGCUUGUCGAGCAGAAUGUUUCCAAUAUUGUGGUGUCAGGAAUGUAUGCUCCACUGAACAAUUCACAGGAACUUGAAGUGAAAAAUAUUCUUCUGCGGAGUAUGAAUGGCAAUGCAAAAUACCAAAUCAAACCUCGAAUCACAGUUUCCCACGAGGUAUCUGGUCUUGGUUUUCUUUCGAGGGAGAAUGCAGCUAUUUUGAACGCUACACUGCGCCCAUUGGCGGAGAAGACUAUUUAUGGAUUCCAAGCCGCGAUGGAAGAUAUUUUUCAGGGCCCAGGGUAUACACUGUACCUGACGCAGAAUGAUGGAAGUGUUCUUGGUGCAUUGGAAGCUAUAGAGCUACCCAUUCGAACAUUCAAUUCUGGACCAACGAACUCAAUUCGUGGUGGCGCGCUACUAUGGCGCGCUGCUUCUGAGAUCGACGAAAAAGGGAAGACUGAUAGAACAGAUGCUCUUGUCGUGAUUGAUAUUGGAGGAACAACAUCGGACAGUGGACUAUUAUUCCCAAAUGGUCUACCCCGGAUGAGCUCUGUGAUGAGUCUUGUCGGUGGAGUCCGCACAAACUUUGCUCUUCCAGCCGUGGAAAGUAUAGGGCUUGGCGGAGGCUCGAUUAUUCGGCAGGACGGCGAACAUAUCUCCGUUGGGCCUGAUAGCGUGGGCUUAGAACUACCUAGUAAGGCCACAUUAUUUGGAGGAGAUUAUCUCACUUCUACCGACAUUGUUGCUGCUUCCGAACUGCACUUUCCUUCUGCGAAUAAUGCUUUCAGAGGGAUGGGACGGACCGAGCUUCUCUCCCAUGUUACUCCGGAUACCAUCAAGAAAGCGCAAAUUACGAUGAGAAGAAAGAUUGAAGAGCUAGUGGACAGAACAAAGAUUCAGAAAGGAGAUAUAGACGUUUUGAUUGUCGGUGGUGGUGCACCUAUUAUACCAACCAACGAACCUCUUGAGGGUGUUCGCAUAGUUCGAAAUGUCAAAGGCGGAGAGGUAGCCAACGCGGUUGGGGCUGCAAUAUCUAGGGUCUCAGGUGUCAUUGAUACUGUUGUUGAUACCUCGAACCAAAGUAUCAAGCAGGCCCAAGAGGACGUUGUGAAACUUGCUAUUGAAAAGGCAAUCGCAAAUGGAGCAAAGCCCGAGACUAUCCAAAUCGCUGAAAUCACCACCCUGCCUAUUCAAUAUGUGGAUGCCAAGGCUCGAAUGGUUAUAAGGGCCGUCGGGGAGCUAAAUGAUAUAUCACAGCAAGCAACAAGCAAACUCAUCGAUACUACAAUGCUCGAAGAAGAUACACCUGAAGAAGUACACGAAACACCCGAAAUAACAUGGCUCCACGAAGAGGAAAUCGAUAUUCAAACCUACCGACCCAAAAUCCAAAACAAACAAUGGAUAAUCUCAACAAUAGAUCUAUUAUUCAUCGCCCAAGGAUGCAAAAUACUCGGCUGUGGUGGAGGUGGCGACCCAUACCAAGAAUACCUCAAAACAAAAACCAUUGUCGAGAAUCACCCCGGAAAAGUAAAAAUAGUAUCAACAGACUACUUCCCCGAUACCUCCCUAAUAGGCUGGACAGGCUGCAUGGGAAGCCCAGAAGUCAGCAUGGAACGACUUGAGAACGACGAAUGCCUAAAAGCCCACGACGAGCUCAUGCGCGUAACAGGAAGCCCGCCAAUGUCCGGAUUCCUAGCCCUAGAAAUCGGCGGGGGCAACGGGGUACUAAACCUAGGCGUAUCGGCUCAUUAUGAUGUCCCGUGUCUCGAUGGCGAUUACAUGGGUCGCGCGUAUCCGACUAUUUGGCAAGUUACACCGAACGUAUACGGGACGUCUAGCGGUGAUGCACUUGUUCCUGUGACUAUUGCGAGUGGGGAUGGAACGUUCAUUACUAUGACGAAGUCUCGAACUGAUAAGUUGGUUGAUAAGGCUUUGCGGGCUUCUUGUGUGGAGAUGGGAUGUCGGGCUGGGAAUGCUGGACCUCCUAAGACGGCGAAGGUUGUUCGUGAGCAGGCUAUUACUGGAACUGUUUCGCUUGCGUGGUGGAUUGGAAGGGCGGUGGCGCUGGAGAAAAAUAUAGACGAUAAGGCGCAACGGAUUGUUGAUGAAGUUGGCGGGUCGGAGAGUGCUGCUAUUCUUGGACAGGGCAAGAUUACGAGUGUUGAGAGAGUUCUCAAGACUGGGCAUACAUAUGGUGUUUUGGAGGUUGAGGGAACCCUGCGUGAUGGUAGCAAGGCAUUGAUUAAGAUUCCGUUCAAGAAUGAGAAUGCAUUUGUUGAGGCAGUGUCGAAUGAGGAGACAAAGAUUUUGGCUUCUGUGCCGGAUCUGAUUGCUGUUAUUGAUGCGGAGACUGGUGCUGGCCUUGGGACACCAGAGUAUAAGUACGGAUUGAAGGUCGUUAUUAUCGCCAUUGCUGCAUCGCCUCACUGGACCGAGACUAAAAGAGGGAUGGAGCUGGGAGGACCUGGGUCAAUGGGAUUUGAUGAGGUUACAUAUGUGCCGAUUGGGAAGUAUAGCAAGCCUCGUAGCGUGAUUGAUGUCUUUGGUGAAUGA